CUGAUUCGUCCACCUCAGCUAGCCGUUGGGGUAGCCGUUGGUACUUCAAAAAAUCCGAAAAAAUGCCAAAAAACCCUAAAAUUUCAUCUCCACCCCCUAUAAAUACCCCCAUAUGGUUUCACUCACUCCACACCCAUUUCAUCUCCUUCACUCUCUCAAACCUUCUCCACCAUGUCCGGUUGGACUCCACCAGAUUUGACCACGUUCACGGAUCUGAUAGGGUCCGACGGGUCACCAAUAGGCUUAGAUGAUUUCUCUCCGACACAUCGUCGCACCAAUGUCGGUUCUUCGCCGCAUCCCCGAGUUUUAUACCCCUCCGGCACACCACCUCCGGGGCCAUAUGGGCCAUUCGCUCCACCUCCGGCGCCAUAUGGUUCAUACCCUCCGCCUCCGUAUCCAUACCCCCAACCACCUCCACAUGCUCCACCUACAGGUAGCGGGAGUGGCACUGUACCUCCUUUCCCGCCAUAUGGUUCAUACCCUCCUCAUCCGUAUCCAUACGCGCCAUAUGGUCCGUACCCACCGCCUCCUGAAGCUAGUGCUCCAAGCUUGGAGUCCGAUGCCGCGGAAACAAUCGUACCACCGCGUCAACCGCGUCCAAAGAGGCUUGACUGGACAAAAGAGGAAGAGGAAAAACUGGUUAAUGCUUGGCUUUUUAACUCCAAAGACUCUGUUGCCGGUAAUUGCAAGUCCGGCACUAGUUUUUGGGGUUCUAUAGCUGCAACCUUCAACUCUACCGCGGAUCCUGCCCGUCAUCGGACCUCAAAGCAGCUGAAGGAUCAUUGGAACGCCUACAACAAGGAGGUGUCCCUGUUCAAUGCAUUUCACAUCCAAGAAUCAGUGUUACGUCAGAGUGGAGCAGACGAUGAGAUGGUCAUGAAGGCGGCAAUGGAGAGGUACGCGAAUGACAAAAGAGUGACUCAGCCGUUCAGACGGCACCACUGGUGGGAUGCUGUAAAAAAUGAAGCGAAGUGGAAAGGACAACAUGGUCCUGGUAGUGGAACCGACUCCACUUCCAAGAGAAGCCGUCUAGGAACUUCUGGUGAGUACAGCUCUAGCGAGGCGACAGGCGACACGGAGGAAGAGCGUCCAACGGGCCGCGAUAGGGCCAAGGCCGCGGCACGUAAGGGUAGGAGGAAGGGGAAGGAAACCUCAUCAAGCAGUGAGGUAGGAAGUAAAUCCUUCGCGAUGAGAAACAUGAUGAAGGGUUUAGUGAAGGCCAAGCUAUUCAAGCAAUGGAACAAAAUGAAAGACCGAUCAACCGCCGACAUGGACGAAGCAGAAAAGCGCAAACAUGCGAAGGCCAUCAAGAUGGUGGAAAAAGAGCUUGGUCUGGAAGAAGAUGACGACGAGGAGGAGGAGCAGGAAGAAGAGGAAGAGGAGUAGAAUUUUUAUUUUUUAUGUAAUUUUUAAUAUUUAUUAUGCAAUUUUAUUAAUUAUUAUGUAAUCGGUAACAUUUUAAGUUGAAUAAAAUAAUUUUCUUGCAUUAUUUUGAAUGUCUAAAAUAAAUCGAGUGAAAUAACUUAAUGUGAAAAGGAAAUGGUGAUGUGGAGGAGAGAGAAGUGAGAGAUAGCACUAUAGCCCGUGCAUUGGCAAG